CUCUUCCUUCCCAUCCGCUCGUUUCGGUUCUGAAAGAGUCCAAUGAAGACCCAACAGGCCGACAAAGUCCUUUGAAAUCUUACUAGCUAGCAAGCCAACUACUAGUAGCUACCUGGUGAUGGAACGUGCCGUAGUUAUUAAUGCUAGCUAGAGGGCCACAAAGAAGCAAAAGUGAGCUUGCUUCAAGUCAGCCAAUUUUGAGAAAAGUGCAACAAAAACACAACAUACAAUCUCUUUGGUUGAGAUCUGUAUCACCAUGACUAACGUCAGCCAAAGCGAGAAGAUUGCAUUGGUGGCCAUCUCAUCGGCCAUCACGGCAGUGCUGGUUUACCGGUGGUCCAAAACUCCUGGUAGGAACGUACCAGACGAAGACGAUUUUGUGGCCCAUCAAGGCGAACCGGGCGCACAGCAGCAGAAACAAGGAGAUGGUGACGACCGCCAUUUUCAUGUCCCUUACAUUCAUCAGCGUCUUGCGCUUUGGCAGAUUCGACGGAGAUCCGAAAAGCUGUUGAGAAAUUGUCAGCAACGGCGGACUCUUCGAUUCUUUUCCAAUGAUGCGGUUCCCAAAGAUGUCAUUUCCAAUAUCCUACAGACAGCCGCCACGGCUCCCAGUGGAGCCCACAAACAGCCAUGGACCUUUGUGGCCAUCAAGGACCCACGGAUCAAGCAAAAGAUUAGGGCCAUGGUGGAAGAGGAAGAAACCAUCAAUUACAAAUCUCGCAUGCGAAAGACGUGGGUGGACGAUUUGAAACCAAUGAUGAGUUCCUUGCAUCAGGAAAUGGCAGCAACAACAAAUGGAGAAGCAUCAUCAUCAUCACCUCCACCUAAUAUUCGUAUCGAAAAGCCCUACCUGACGGAAGCUCCUUGGCUGAUUGCAGUCUUCAAACAAACUCACGGGGGCCUGGAUCCAGACACUGGGAAACGAAUUGAUCAUUACUAUGUACAAGAGUCGGUGGGCAUUGCUUGUGGUUUCCUUUGUGCAGCCAUUCAGAAUGCCAACCUAUGCACUCUCACGUCCACCCCCAUGGGCGCCGAGAAGGGGAUUCGAGAAUUGCUGGAUCGACCAGACAAUGAAAAGUUGUUCUUGCUGCUCCCUGUGGGCUUUCCAGCUGCUGGAGCAACUGUUCCGUACCGAAACCCCGAGCGCAAACCUUCUUCCGAGACGAUUGUGUGGAAGUGAAAGGAACAGCGCAUACGGAUAGACAAAGAGCUUGAGGGUCAUAAUACUUCAAUCUAUGCACAUACAUGUAAUAAGAAUCUAUCAUUGAGCUA